UGACAAAGUUAUGGAAUAACUUAGCAUCAGUUAAAUUAAAGAAAUGAAUUGAAUACUUAUUUAGUUGUUGAUACGUAUUCAGAAAAUUAUUGCUUUAAUAAAAUAUAUAGUGUUUAUUUUUGUUUGCAAAAACUAUAAAGGUUUUUUAUGUUUUUCGAAGUAACUGAAGUAAAAUUAGAACUGAAAUGUAUAUGAUAAUAUUAUAUUAGACUUGUUUCUAAAAGUGGGUUAUAACAUCUAAAAUGAAUGAAAGCAAUAAUAUAAAUUAUAAAAAAGCCUCCGAAUAUUGGGCAGAAAUUCCAGCAACUUUAGAUGGAGUAUUAGGAGGCUUUGGGUUUAUAUCAGAUGUAGAUAUUGAAGGAUCAUCACUGUUUCUAAAAUCAAUAUUAUCCAUAGAUAAAGCCCCAGAAACUAAAAUAGCACUUGAUUGUGGUGCCGGAAUAGGAAGGAUAACAAAAUAUUUAUUAGCUCCUGUAUUUGAUACAGUUGAUAUCAUUGAACCUGAUAAAAAAUUCAUUGACUCUAUCCAAGAAUUUGUGGGAGAUAAUCGUAAUAAAAUAGGCAAAUUGUAUCAAUCAAGCUUGCAAUCAUUUCAACCGGAUAAGACAUAUGAUGUGAUAUGGAAUCAAUGGGUGUUAGGAUAUUUAACAGAAUGUGACUUAAUUUCAUACCUCGAAUGUUGCAGGAAUGCAUUGUCUAGAAACGGUGUUCUUAUAGUUAAAGAAAAUGUAACAUCCUCUGGUAAAAUAGAGAUGGAUGAGACAGAUUCAUCAGUUACAAGACCUCUUAAACAGUAUUUAAAAAUAUUCAAAUUGGCAAAGUUAAAAAGAAUCAAACAAUGUAAACAAACCAAUUUUCCGUCAGGGAUAUAUCCUGUAUACAUGUUCGCACUUGUACCAAAUGAAAGUGAUAAUGACACUCAAGAAGAUGUAUGAUGUAAAUUGUUUAUUACAGGUAUAAUUUAAAGUACUAUAUUAUAAUAACAUUCUUAAAAUAAAAAGCAUUUAUAACAUGA